CUGUACCUUUUUUCUUUCCUUCAGGGGUGAGGGUUUUAUUCCCUUCUUUUCUGCCCAGAUCUCCACUAAACAAAGGAGCUCUGGGCACAUCACCAGUUCCAGGACCUAAAGCCUCAGAAGGGGACCGUCAGGACGGCAGCUUGGCAUUCAGGGUUUGCUGCCACAGUCCAUCCUCCACCAGGGCAGCAGGGCCCCUCCAGCUGGAAGAGGCUUUCAGGGCAACAGAGGGAAUCAAGGAAUCCUUGCCAUCAUGGGGUUAUUAUGGCUGGCCAAGUUCAUGCUAGGAUGUACAGCACUUUUGUACAUGGAACAAGCCCAGGGCCAAUAUGAAGGGGACUUUCAGACAGACAGAUUUGCAGGCUAUGAGGAAAGACAGCCAGCAAAUAGAGUGAGAAGAAGAGGCCAAGACACUUUACGAGGACCUAAUGUUUGCGGCUCAAGGUUCCACUCUUACUGCUGCCCUGGAUGGAAAACGCUACCAGGAGGAAAUCAGUGCAUUGUUCCAAUUUGCCGGAACUCUUGUGGCGAUGGGUUUUGUUCGCGGCCGAAUAUGUGCACGUGCUCCAAUGGGCAGCUGUCCCCCAACUGCGGCUCUGGUGGAGUCCAAACCUGCAAUGUCAGGUGCAUGAAUGGGGGAAGCUGCAAUGAGGAAUCCUGCCUCUGCCAGAAAGGAUACACUGGAACUUACUGUGGGCAACCUGUCUGUGAAAAUGGCUGCCAGAACGGAGGUCGGUGCAUUGGACCAAACCGUUGUGCUUGUGUCUACGGGUUCACUGGCCCUCAGUGUGAGAGGGACUAUCGCACCGGUCCCUGCUUCAGCCAGGUGAAUAACCAAAUGUGCCAGGGCCAGCUUAGUGGAAUUGUCUGCACCAAGACCAUGUGUUGUGCCACCAUUGGACGGGCCUGGGGUCACCCAUGUGAGAUGUGCCCUGCCCAGCCUCACCCCUGCCGCCGGGGCUUCAUCCCCAAUAUACGCACUGGAGCCUGCCAAGAUGUGGAUGAAUGUCAGGCUAUCCCAGGCCUGUGUCAGGGUGGAAACUGCAUCAACACCGUGGGCUCCUAUGAGUGCAAAUGUCCCGCAGGACACAAGCAGAGUGAAACCAGCCACAAGUGUGAAGAUGUGGACGAGUGCGCCACGAUCUCCAGUGUGUGCGAUGGUGGCGAGUGCACCAACACGGCAGGCAGCUAUGUGUGCACGUGCCCGCGCGGCUUCAUGACCAGUCCAGAUGGAGCCCGCUGCAUCGACCAGCGGAUUGGCACAUGUUUCUCAGCGCUGAUUGGCGGGCGCUGCGCUGGGGAGCUCCCGGGCCAGUACACCAAGAUGCAGUGCUGCUGCGACUCCGGGCGCUGCUGGGCGAUCGGGCAGACUCCUGAAAUGUGCCCCGUCAGGGGAUCCGACGAGUACCGCAGGCUCUGCAUUGAAGGGCUCCCGGCCGUGCCGGGCUUCUCUGGGAGCUUCCCUGGGAUUCCUGGGUUUGGGCCAAAUGGUGUCGGGCCUGGAAUUGGUGGACCUGGAGGCAUUGGACCAAAUGGGGCAAACGGCCAAGGCGGGAUCCCGGGGCUUCCUGGGAUGGGCCCUGGAAGUUCGAGCAUCGGAACGGCCACCUUAAAUCAGACCAUCGACAUCUGCAAGCACUUCACCAACCUGUGUCUGAACGGGCGCUGCAUCCCCACCCCGUCCAGCUACCGCUGCGAAUGCAACAUGGGAUACAAGCAGGACGUGCGUGGCGAGUGCAUUGAUGUGGACGAAUGUUCCAGCAGCCCCUGCAUGCACGGCGACUGUGUGAACACACCUGGCUCCUACCACUGCAAGUGCCAUGAGGGCUUCCAGAGCACCCCCACCAAGCAGGCCUGUAUCGACGUUGAUGAGUGCAUCAUGAAUGGCGUGAUGUGCAGGAACGGCCGGUGCGUUAACACCGACGGCAGCUUCCAGUGCAUCUGCAAUGCGGGCUUCGAAAUCACCCCCGAUGGCAAGAAUUGUGUCGAUCAUGACGAAUGUGCCACAACCAACAUGUGCCUCAAUGGGAUGUGUAUCAAUGAAGACGGCAGCUUCAAAUGCAUCUGUAAACCCGGCUUUGUGCUGGCUCCCAAUGGGCGCUACUGCGUCGACAUUGACGAGUGCGAGACCCCUGGCAUCUGCAUGAACGGCUGGUGUAUUAACACAGAGGGCUCCUUUCGCUGCGAGUGCCUGGGCGGCCUGGCUAUCGGUGUGGACGGGCGGGUGUGCGUGGACACCCACAUGCGCAGCACCUGCUAUGGAGCCAUUAAGAAGGGCACCUGUGCCCGUCCCUUCCCAGGAGCAGUCACCAAGUCUGAAUGCUGCUGUGCUAACCCCGACCAUGGCUUCGGAGAGCCCUGCCAGCCCUGCCCGGCCAAAAACUCGGCCGAAUUCCAGGCACUCUGCAGCAGUGGCAUUGGAAUAACAGCUGAUGGCAGAGAUAUCAACGAGUGUGCCCUCAACCCGGACAUCUGCCCCAACGGCAUGUGCGAGAACCUGCGUGGGAGCUACCGCUGCAUCUGCAACCUGGGCUAUGAGUCAGAUCCCACGGGCAAGAACUGUGUGGAUGUUGACGAGUGCGCCGUCAAUCGUUUGCUCUGUGACAAUGGCCUGUGCCGUAACACACCCGGCAGUUACACGUGCACCUGCCCCAAGGGCUUUGUCUUCAGGACGGAGACAGACACCUGCGAAGAUAUCAACGAGUGCACGUCCAACCCCUGUGUGAAUGGGGUCUGCAGGAACAACGCCGGCUCCUUUGCCUGCGAGUGCUCCCCGGGCAGCAAACUGGACCCCAGUGGCACCAUCUGUGUGGACAGCAUGAAGGGAACGUGCUGGCUGAACAUCCAGGACGGGCGCUGUGAGGUGAACAUUAACGGGGCCACGCUGAAGUCGGAGUGCUGUGCCACACUGGGAGCGGCCUGGGGCAGCCCCUGCGAGCGCUGUGAGAUCGAUACCACCUGCCCCCGAGGGUUUGCCAGGAUGAAGGGGGUCACAUGUGAAGAUGUGAAUGAGUGUGAUGUCUUCCCUGGCGUCUGCCCCAACGGGCGCUGCGUGAACACAGCCGGCUCCUUCCGCUGCGAGUGUCCCGAAGGGCUGACCCUUGAUGGGACUGGCAGGACGUGUGUGGAUGUACGUGUGGAGCAGUGCUACAUGAAGUGGGAUGAGGAUGAGUGCACGGCGCCCCUGCCCGGGAAGUACCGGAUCGACAUGUGCUGCUGCUCUGUGGGUUCGGCCUGGGGCAGCGACUGCGAAGAGUGCCCCAGAGCUGGCAGCAGCGAGUACAAGGCCAUCUGCCCCAGGGGCCCUGGCUUUGCCAACAGAGGGGACGUGCUCUCAGGCAGACCCUUCUACAAAGAUGUGAAUGAGUGUAAGGUCUUCUCCGGCCUCUGUGCUCACGGGACCUGUCGGAACACCAUUGGCAGCUUCCGGUGCCUCUGUGGCAAUGGCUUCGCUUUGGAUGCCGAAGAAAGAAACUGCACAGAUAUCGAUGAGUGCCGCAUCUCGCCGGACCUGUGUGGCCACGGCACCUGCGUCAACACCCCGGGCAGCUUUGAGUGCGAGUGCUUCGAGGGCUACGAGAGCGGCUUCAUGAUGAUGAAGAACUGCAUGGACAUCGACGAGUGCGAGCGGGACCCGCUGCUGUGCCGUGGAGGGAUCUGUGUCAAUACCGAGGGCAGCUUCGAGUGCAUCUGCCCUCCAGGCCACGAGCUGAGCGCAGAAGGCAAUGCCUGUGUUGAUAUCAAUGAGUGCUCCCUCAGCGAUAGCCUGUGCCGCAACGGGCACUGCGUCAACGUCAUCGGCACCUACCAGUGCGCCUGUGACUCUGGCUUCCAGGGCACUCCGGACAGGCAGGGCUGCAUCGAUAUUGACGAGUGCACCAUCAUGAACGGCGGCUGCGACACGCACUGCACCAACUCGGAGGGCAGCUACCAGUGCAGCUGCAGCGAAGGCUACGCGCUCAUGCCGGACAAGAGGUCGUGUACUGAUAUCGAUGAGUGCGAGGACAACCCAGAGAUCUGCGACGGGGGCCAAUGCACCAACAUCCCAGGAGAGUACCGCUGCCUUUGCUUUGACGGAUUCAUGGCCUCCCUGGACAUGAAGACGUGCAUUGAUGUGAACGAGUGUGACCUGAACCCCAACAUCUGCCUGCACGGCGAGUGUGAGAACACCAAGGGCUCCUUCAUCUGCCACUGCCAGCUCGGCUACUUCGUCAAGAAGGGGGCGACGGGCUGCACAGAUAUCGACGAGUGUGAGAUCGGUGCUCACAACUGUGACAUGCACGCCUCCUGCAUCAACGUGCCUGGCAGCUUUAAGUGCAAGUGCCGCACGGGCUGGCUUGGAGAUGGGCUGAAAUGCAAUGACCUGGAUGAAUGUGCCACUGAAGAGCACAAGUGCAACCUGAAUGCCAAUUGCGUGAACACACCUGGCUCCUAUCGCUGCGCCUGCAGAGAGGGCUUCUCCGGCGACGGCUUCUCCUGCUCAGAUGUGGACGAGUGUGCAGACAACGUAAACCUGUGUGAGAACGGGCAGUGCCUGAAUGCGCCCGGGGGCUACCGCUGCGAGUGCGAGAUGGGCUUCAACCCCACGGAGGACAGCAGGGCCUGCCAGGACAUCGACGAAUGCACCUUCCAGAACAUCUGCGUCUUCGGGAGCUGCCAGAACCUGCCUGGGAUGUUCCGCUGUGCCUGUGAUGACGGCUAUGAGCUCGACAGGAGCGGAGGCAACUGCACAGACGUCAAUGAGUGCGCGGACCCUGUGAACUGCAUCAACGGGCUGUGUGUCAACACCCCAGGCAGCUACCUGUGCAACUGCCCCCAGGACUUCGAGCUGAACCCCACGGGAGUGGGCUGUGUGGACACCCGCGUCGGGAACUGUUUCCUGGACACUCAGGACCGCGGGGAUGGUGGGAUCUCGUGCAGCGCUGAAAUCGGGGUGGGCGUCACUCGGGCCUCCUGCUGCUGCUCGCUGGGCCGUGCCUGGGGGAACCCCUGUGAGCUCUGCCCUCCAGCCAACACAAGUGAGUAGGGGAAGUGCUCUGGGGGGGAGGGUUGGAGAGAGAGGCCAGCCACUCUGGUAUUGGUAGAUAUUGACGAGUGCAGUGAGAUUCCUGCUAUCUGCACCAAUGGCGUCUGCAUCAACCAGAUUGGCUCCUUCCGGUGCGAGUGCCCCAUCGGUUUCAGCUACAACAACAUUCUGCUUAUCUGCGAAGACAUUGAUGAAUGCAGCAGCGGGGAGAACCUUUGCCAGCGCAAUGCUGAUUGCAUCAACAUCCCGGGCAGUUACAGGUGCGAAUGCUCAACCGGAUACAAGCUGUCACCUAGCGGAGCCUGUGUGGGUCGCAAUGAAUGCCAGGAAAUCCCCAAUGUCUGCAGCCACGGGGACUGUGUGGACACCGAGGGCAGCUAUAUCUGCAUCUGUCACAACGGGUUCAAGGCCACAGGAGAGCAAACCAUGUGCAUGGAUAUUGAUGAAUGUGACCGGCAGCCCUGUGGGAACGGCACCUGCAAGAAUACAGUCGGCUCCUACAACUGCCUGUGCUUCCCUGGCUUUGAGCUGACACACAAUAAUGACUGCAUGGACAUUGACGAGUGCUCCUCCCUGGGGGGGCAGGUGUGUCGGAAUGGCCAGUGUAUAAACAGCAUUGGCUCCUUCCAGUGCCUGUGCCAGGAAGGGUAUGACCGGACCCUGGAUGGGAAGAACUGUGUCGACAUCAAUGAGUGUGUGAGCCUGCCUGGAACCUGCUCUCCGGGGACGUGUCAGAACCUGGAAGGCUCUUUCCGCUGCAUCUGCCCCCCGGGGUACGAAGUGCAGAAUGACAACUGCAUCGAUAUCAACGAGUGUGAGGAAGAGCCCAACAUCUGCCUGUUUGGUACCUGCACCAACACCCCCGGCAGCUUCCAAUGCAUCUGCCCCCCCGGCUUCGUCCUCUCCGACAACGGCCGCAGAUGCUUUGAUACCCGCCAGAGCUUCUGCUUCACCCGCUUCGACAAUGGCAAGUGCUCCGUCCCCAAGGCUUUCAACACCACCAAGGCCCGCUGCUGCUGCAGCAAGAUGCCCGGAGAGGGCUGGGGCGACCCCUGCGAGCUGUGCCCCCAGGAAGGAAACGUUGCCUUCCAGGAGCUGUGCCCGUACGGCCAUGGGGCUAUCCCCGGCCCAGGCGAUACCCGGGAAGAUGUGAACGAGUGCGCCGAGAACCUCGGGAUCUGCAUCAACGGGGCUUGUAUUAACACUGACGGCUCCUUCCGCUGCGAGUGUCCCUUUGGCUAUAAUUUGGAUUACACCGGAGUCAACUGUGUGGAUACCGAUGAAUGCUCCAUCGGCAACCCAUGUGGGAACGGGACCUGCACCAAUGUGGUGGGAGGCUUCGAGUGCACCUGCGACGAGGGAUUUGAGCCGGGCCCCAUGAUGACCUGCGAAGAUAUCAACGAGUGCGCGCUGAACCCCCUGCUCUGCGCCUUCCGCUGCAUCAACACCUUCGGCUCCUACGAGUGCACCUGCCCCUCGGGAUACACCCUCCGGGAAGACAGGAGAAUGUGCAAAGAUCUGGACGAGUGCACAGAAGGCCUCCAUGACUGCGAGUCUCGAGGGAUGAUGUGCAAGAACCUCAUUGGUACCUUCAUGUGCAUCUGCCCCCCAGGAAUGCAGCGCAGACCCGACGGAGAGGGCUGUACAGAUGAGAAUGAAUGCCGCACCAAGCCGGGGAUCUGCCCCAACGGCCGCUGUGUUAACACUGUGGGCAGCUAUCGGUGUGACUGCAAUGAAGGCUUCCAAGCCAGCGCCUCAGGCACCGAAUGCAUCGACACCCGCCAGGGAUUCUGCUUCACUGAAGUGCUGCAGACCAUGUGCCAGAUGUCCUCCACCAACCGCAAUCCGGUCACCAAGUCUGAGUGCUGCUGCAAUGGUGCCCGCGGCUGGGGGACCCAGUGUGAGCUCUGCCCGCUCCCAGGAACCACCCAGCACAAAAAGAUGUGUCCACAUGGGCCUGGGUACACCACCGAUGGGCGAGACAUCGAUGAGUGCAAGGUGCUGCCCAACCUCUGCAGAAAUGGACAGUGCAUCAACAGCAUCGGCUCCUUCCGCUGUCACUGCAAGCUGGGCUAUACCACCGACAUCACGGGCACAGCCUGCAUGGAUCUGGAUGAGUGUAACCAGUCUCCUAAGCCAUGUAACUUCAUCUGCAAGAACACGGAGGGCAGCUACCAGUGCUCCUGCCCCAGGGGGUACAUCCUCCAGGAAGACGGAAAGACCUGCAAAGACUUGGAUGAAUGCUCCACCAAGCAGCACAACUGCCAGUUCCUGUGUGUGAAUGUCAUUGGUGGAUUCAACUGUAAAUGCCCCCCUGGAUUCACUCAGCACCACUCCUCCUGCAUCGACAAUAACGAGUGUACAGCCCAGCCCACGCUGUGUGGAGCCAAAGGACAGUGUCAGAACACGCCAGGCAGCUAUAACUGUGAAUGCCAGAAAGGAUUCUCCCUGGACAGCUCUGGUAUCAACUGUGAAGAUGUGGAUGAGUGCGACGGGAACCAUCGCUGCCAGCACGGCUGUCAGAACGUCCUGGGAGGCUACCGCUGUGGCUGUCCUCAGGGCUAUGUGCAACAUUACCAGUGGAACCAGUGCGUGGAUGAAAAUGAGUGCUCCAGCCCCUCCGCCUGCGGCUCCGCCUCCUGCUACAACACUCUGGGCAGCUUCAAGUGCGUCUGUCCGUCCGGCUUCGACUUCGACCAGGCCUUCGGCGGGUGCCAGGAUGUGGACGAGUGCUCGGCCGGCGGCAGCCCCUGCAGCUACGGCUGCUCCAACACUGAUGGGGGCUACCUGUGCGGCUGCCCUGGGGGAUACUUCCGAGCUGGACAAGGGCACUGUAUUUCUGGACUCGGCUUCGGCAAAGGCUCCUAUCUGCCUGCCCCUCCAGAGGAGGAUGAGGAGAACCUGCUCUCCCCUGAGACCUGCUACGAGUGUAAGAUAAAUGGCUACCCCAAGCGGGGCCGUCAGCGCCGCAGCAUCAACGGGACUGAGGGGCACCAGGAGCCCGCAGUGAGUCUGGCCAGCGUGGACAUUGAUGCUCCCCUGUCCAUGAGCCUGAACCUCUCGGCCCUGGACCACAAGGAGCACAUCCUGGAGCUGCUUCCGGCUGUAGAGCCCCUGGAAAACCAUGUGCGCUACGUGGUCUCUCAUGGGAACGAGGACGGCUACUUCCGCAUCCACCAGAAAGAAGGACUCAGCUACCUGCACCUUGGCCGCAAGAAGAUCGUGCCUGGCACCUACCUGCUGGAGAUUGUGAGCGUGCCCCUGUAUCGCAAGAAGGAACUGCAGAAACUGGAGGCCAAGAACGACCUCAACUACUUGGCAGGGGAGCUUGGCCAAGCACUCAGGAUGAGGCUUCAGCUCCAGCUUUACUAGCCACCAUGAGAACCAACCAACCAGCCACCCAGCCAGCCACAGCCCAGUUCUUAGCAGUGCCACCCACUCCUGGAAACAAACCCCUUUGCUAUCGCCGCACCCCUGUGCCAGCACCUCGCCGGCCACGCUGUCCGACUGCUAGGAAAUGUGCCCUUGGACUCAGCACUGGGCCCUGGGCAGCUAAGGGCCGCUCUACUUCACAGUGCGCCUGUGUUACGCACCAAGCAACCCCCCAAAAGAGCUUGUGAAAUCUUUGUCCAUGGUUCAAAACCCUGUUGUCUGGGGCUGUGUCUCCCUCUGUGCUCUCAUCCCCUGCGAUGGGCGGCCCUGCCCUCUUCCCUUAAACAAGACACUGUUAGUCUGAGCUAACAAGGAUUUUCCCAUUGAAAUCUCCCUGUCUUCCAUGGCCAAGGGCCACUCGCCAUCCACAAGCUAGGAGAUGGGCGGUGGCUGAGGACAGAGCUCAGACGUGACCUCUAGAGAAGCUGCUGUACUGGUGCCAUUUCCCAACAUAUCUGGUUUUUCCUUUGCUUCUGCAUUGCCAUAAUGGUGCUCUGGAAAAUCCUCCUCAGCUGACACUGGCUGCUCACUAUCUGCCGCGCUCUUUUUUUAUAUUGUGUUCCAUCGGUCCUUCGUUUUGUCCCUUUGCAUGGCAAAAAAAGGGUUAAUUUGGCCCCACUUGGAGUGAAGGGCUAGUUUGGAUUAUGCCAUGUAACCUCACACUGCAAGCUAGCCAGUCUGAAGGACUGCAGGCUUCUGUUCCAGUUUAAGGCUUCAAUACUGCAGUGUUCUGAACAUGUGCAAUACUAGCUGGUACUGCUGCCACCCUCUCCACAGAGCGGAGUUUGGAAGGGUUGUUCCUACAGCUCCAGCAACUGCAGAGGUUAACGUAUGUCCUUCUGUCACCAGCAGGUGCUGAGUAGCUUUGGGGGGAGGUGUACAGUUGUAUGCUUUGAUUGUGGUUGAACAAACUAAAUUGCCACGAGAGAUGUAGUGAGUCUUAGCACAGCACAGAUAGGCCCUUCCUGCUGGUAGGAAUUGGGGAUUAUUUGACCCAGUGGGGGGAUCCUGGACCCGCUGCUGGGAGCGUUUGCGAGUUCCCUGAGAGGUCCCCCUGAGCAGGAGAAGUGGCACUGCAGGCCCACAGGGGAGAGGGACAUGGCUCAUGGGCAUUUAGGCCCAUAUUUUCAAAAUGGUCCCUGAUUUUGGGUGCCAGUUUGGAGGUGUCUGGUUUGAGUCACCUCAGGGCCUUUGGCCAGACACCCACAGUCAGGGGCACUUGCAAAUAUGGGAUUCCGCUCUGGUCACUCCAACGUGAUGUCAGAAAUACUAAUCCUCUGGUCAAUGCAGACAAACUAAAUGCACUAAAAACAAGCUGCGAAAUCAGAUUGCAAAGAAUCUGUCUCCUUGCUGCCACCGAUGGCCUGAGCAAACAGGUUGGUACUGACCGCCCUUGCUUCCUGCCAAGAGGGUGAUUUUUCAUACAACUGUUUUCUACAAGGGCAUUUUCUAGUUUUGCAUGAAACUCUUUUUUCCGUUUUUUGUCUAUGUGGGUUUUGGGUUUGUUUGUUGGGGUUUUUUUGGUUCUACAUCAACACUGUGCAUCAGCAAAAGGAAACAAAGGUGCUAAUUCACUCAUGGUAACACACAAGACUACCUGAUAGAUCCCCAGAUCAAUGGUGCUUUCAGCUCACGGAAGCUGGUGCUGGUACUGAAUCGUCAGGGUUACUGCACUGCAUCCACCCUUCAUAUUUAUGUAUAACCACCAAUGUUACGACUGCUCGUUGUUGUGAGGAGGGCAUAUUCCUGUAGCUUUUUUGGUACUUUGGGGUGGGGGUUAUUUUUCAUUUCUGUUCUUUCCUGGGAUGCUGCCACCACAUGGCAUGUAGGGGAAGUGUGUGUAUACUGUACUUUGGCUAAUAUCAAACUUGAAAACUCUUUUGCAUAAUGCAGCUGCAAACAACACAAGCUGGAUUUUGCAAGAGUACCAGACCUCAUGACAUGACAGGUGGCCUGUUUUUGUUUUGUUUUUUUACCAAAAGGUGCUUUUAAAAAAAAUUAAUAAUAAUAAAUUAGCAGAAGUGGGGUUUUGUGUGUGUGUGUUGAGCCAAACGUGUCAAAUGAGAAAGCGAAAUGUUUUCAUUCAUUCCAGUCUAGUGUGGUGAUUUGUGUUCAUUGGCAUUUCUUGCUAGUUGGUUUUCAGAUGCGCUGGGCACACCCAGUGCAGAAGCUGUGCCACCUUGCCCCGCAGAGCGAGUGUCUCUUUGUGGAUUCCUUUUUGUAUCAGAAGCAACAGCAACAAUAAAAUUAUUUUGGGUUAAA